AAUUCCUUACCUAUGAAGCAUUUUAAGGUUAUACUUUUCUUCAAACAUUAUUUCGAAACAAAAAAUAAAUAUAAUUGAAAGAACAAAUUGAUCCCUUGCAUUGAUGUGAUGACUAAACUAUACCCCAAAGCAAAAGUCUCAUCUUCUUCUUCCCUUCAAAUUCAUCCAACCUUCUUCUUCCACGUCCCACCAUUUUCCCCCCAAUUUGGUCAUUUAUUAAUAUGCUUCUCAAAACUUCAAUAAGACCUCUAAGCAAACUUCAUCCAAAUCCAACCUCCUCUCUCUCUUCUCUUCAUUUGGGUCAAUUUUGGUUACUACAUACCCCUCUAUUUCCUCCUACUUUCCCUCCAACCAUUUUUUUUAUUUUAAUUUAUUUUUAAAAAUAUCAUAAUUACUUUACUUACAGAAUUUAAUUUGCUAUUAUUAUUAUUAUUAUAAUAAAAAUGUUGAAAAAAUUGAGGAGGAGAGUGAAGACCCUGAUUACCAACAGUUUCAAAAAACCUCGAAAAAAGCUUUAUAAACCCCUUGAUCAUCCUCAACCAGAAUACCCAACAUCACCAUCUCCUACUACUCCUGAUCCUGAAUCUUCAAACAUGUCACUCCAAAGACCAGGAAAGAACACUCCUUUCCUCUUCCCCAAAGUUCAAUCCACCGUUGUCCCUGACCCUUCACCCUUCUUCUCCCCUAAUCUCCUCUCAACCCCUCUUCCCACUAACUCCUUUUUUCAAAACUUUGUCCUCAAAAAUGGUGAUCAGCCCGAGUACUUCCAUCCAUACCUUGUCAAAUCCUCUUCUUCUUCUCUUUCUCUUUCUUACCCAUCUCGCUUCUCCAACUCAGCUUUCUUGUACCAAGUUUUCGUGGCUGAUCUCACCAUCUCAGCCGCCGCAAACACCAACCCAGGUUCGCAGAAAAGCCAUGUUAUUUCUUCUUUCAAUGAUCUCAGUGUCACUUUGGAUAUUCCUUCUUCCAAUCUAAGGUUUUUUCUCGUCCGUGGUAGCCCGUUUCUGACUUGCUCUGUCUUUAACGGUACUGCGAUUUCAAUCUCGACCAUCCAUGCAAUUCUGUCGUUUUCAUCGAAUAAUUCGGGGACAAAGUACACUGUCAAGCUUAACAACAACCAGACUUGGCUUAUAUACACAUCAUCCGCAGUCAGUUUGACUCACAGCCUUUCUUUAAUAACUUCUGGUGAAUUUUCUGGUAUUUUAAGGAUUGCCCUUUUGCCGGAUUCUGAUCCCGAAUAUGAGGCGGUGUUGGACAGGUUCAGUUCUUGUUACCCUGUUUCAGGAGAGGCUGCAUUGACAAAGCCAUUCCAUAUGGAAUACAAAUGGGAGAAGAAAGGGUGGGGAGACUUGCUUAUGCUAGCUCACCCUCUUCAUCUUAAGCUUCUUUCUAGUGAGGAUUGUAAUGUCACUGUUUUGGAGAAUUUCAAGUACAGAAGUAUUGAUGGUGACCUUGUUGGUAUUGUUGGUGAUUCAUGGAUGCUCAAGCCUGAUCCUGUUUCAGUUACUUGGCAUUCAAUCAGAGGUGUCAAAGAAGAAUCUUAUGCUGAAAUUGUUUCUGCUCUUCGAAAAGAUGUGGAGGCACUUAAUGCAACGGCCGCCAUGACGAUAACUUCUUCAUAUUUCUAUGGGAAGUUGGUGGCAAGAGCGGCCAGGUUGGCAUUGAUUGCAGAAGAGGUGUGUUUUCUUGAGGUGAUUCCAGUGAUCAAGAAGUUCUUAAAAGAUACAAUUGAGCCAUGGUUGGAUGGGACUUUCAAUGGAAAUGGAUUUCAGUUUGAAGGAAAAUGGGGUGGGAUUGUGACUAAACAAGGAGCUGUGGAUGCUAAUGCAGAUUUUGGUUUUGGGGUAUAUAAUGAUCACCAUUUUCAUUUAGGCUAUUUUCUAUAUGGGAUUGCAGUGCUUGUGAAACUCGAUCCAGCUUGGGGGAGGAAGUACAAGGCUCAAGCUUAUUCCAUUAUGGCAGAUUUUAUGACCCUUGGCAGAAGACCAAACUCAGUUUAUCCACGUUUGAGAUGCUUUGACCUGUAUAAAUUGCACUCAUGGGCUGGAGGGCUCACUGAAUUUGGUGAUGGGAGGAAUCAAGAAAGUACUGGUGAGGCAGUGAAUGCUUACUAUUCAGCAGCUCUAAUGGGGUUGGCUUAUGGAGACACUCAUCUUGUAGCCACUGGAUCAACGCUUACAGCAUUGGAGAUGGGGGCAGCUCAAAUGUGGUGGCAUGUAAAGGAGGGAGAUAAACUGUAUGAAGAAGAUUUCACAAGAGAAAAUAGAGUGGUGGGUGUUCUCUGGUCUAACAAAAGGGACAGUGGCCUUUGGUUUGCACCCGCUGAAUGGAGGGAGUGUAGGCUUGGAAUUCAAGUGCUACCCUUGUUGCCUAUUACUGAGGCCUUGUUCCCUGAUGUUGGUUUUGCCAAGGAGCUUGUCACGUGGACAUUGCCGGUUCUGCAAAGAGAAGGCGUCGGAGAAGGAUGGAAAGGCUUUGUGUAUGCCUUGGAAGGGCUUUAUGAUAAGGAGAGUGCUUUGCAGAAGAUUAGGUCCUUGAAUGGUCAUGAUGAUGGGAACUCACUCACUAAUCUUCUAUGGUGGAUUCACAGUAGAGAUGGGGAAGGUGAGGAGUAUGGAGGAGGGAAAUAUUGCUUGUAUGGCCAUUACUGUCACUAAAUAUGGCUGUACUACAUUAAGGAUGAAGUAAAAAAUUGAAAAAUAAGAACACUUGCUGUCAACAUUCAGAAAACCUGAAUUUACUUUCUUUCAUACAAGUUUGGCUGUUCAUCACUUUAUAGUUUAUACCCGUUUCCAGUUGAUUAUGUCCAUGUGGAUUAUUAUACUUGUAUGAAUAUGAAAUGUUCGAAUUGUAGUAAGAUCAUUGUCUAAAUAAAAAACAUGUAUUACAAUACAUUAUUUUUUCCUGUUACUAAACUAUCCCUUUGUGUGUUUGUAUUAUCAGAUGUGUACACCUGUGUUUUAUAAAUAACUCUUAUGAGAGGAACAA